AUGCUGCUUCCAAGGUCGCUUUGCGGUUUAAUUUUAUUUUUGCUCUACAAACCCGCCAGCGGAUACCUAUACCGCGCCAUCUCUAUGUAUGAAAAUAAGGGGACGCUUACUGCAGACCCUACUAAUGUUGGUCAAGCUGAUGUAGUAGUGGAGAAGAAUGGCGUUGGGAAGGUGUGCAAAUCAAUGAGAUCAGGCAGGUACAUUGUGAAUCCCUACAUUCAACGGUGUCCUAUUGGUACCACCAAGUGUGGUCCAGAGUUUGAUGCAACUCUUGGUACAUGUGCGGAUUUCUCUGGGUGCUACACUGUUAGCAACAACACUCGCGUUUGCACAUGCAUGUCGGGAUACUUCGGUAAUCCUUACGUUCAAUGUUUCAAAUAUUGUGAAACUGACCUGGAUUGUCCAUCACCGUAUGCGGAAUGUCGUCAGGGUCCAGGAGAGCUUUUUAAGCGCUGCAAGUGCAAGCAGGGCUGCCCUGGCGAUGGCGUUAUUUGCAAACCCCAAAACAUUUGCACUGAUACGCAAGAAAAUACUGAAACACAUCGUAAGUGCUUGCAAACCAGUACCACGGAAAAGAGUUAUGUAUGUGAUGACGGAUACUAUUUGGAUACCUAUUACAAAUGCGUUAAAAUCGUUGCUAUAGAGAAUGAUAAAAAAAUUAGUAUAGUAGCCAACAACUUUGUUGACGGAAGUCGUAUUGAUAUUGGUAAAUGCUUCUCCAUGGAAAUCAACAAGGAGAAUGCUGAGUCGCGCUUUUACCAAAUGAACAGUGGUGACGCCGUUGUGGUGAAGGGUAAGAUCGUCACAAAUCCGCAGCUUUAUUUAGCGGUGGAGGUAAAGGCGAAUGACGUCAUUGUAUUUGCUAUGCUUGAGGAUGAUCAUUCUAAAUUAACAAAGUUGUUCAGCAUAUCAAAUGGUCUUAAAGGGUGUCAAAUAGACGGUGUAAGUAAGUAUGAUCCGACGGGUAUUCGUGUAAACCCUUCUCAAGUUAAGGUGGAAAUACAGAAUCUUGUUGAAAGCCAAGGGGCCAGUGAGGAGCUUUGA